AUGACAGAGCCAAAUGCAGACGCCCAAUACAACCAGUCGCGACCCCGCUUUCCUUUCUCGACCGUCGUUCCUUCCUCCAUCUAUAAAUUUUCCCAUGUUUUCCCUCCAGCUACCCACCAGUCUGAGUUUUUCGAAAAGACAACAUUACCAUUAGUCCGUGACCUACUUGACGGCCAAAAUGGGCUUCUAUUUACGUACGGAGUGACGAACUCUGGUAAAACAUACACCGUUCAAGGAGGAAAUGAACCAGGAUCAGCAGGAAUUUUACCACGAGCUUUAGAUGCCAUAUUCAAUAGCAUCGAAGGAUUGCACAACGACGGUCGUUUGGAUCGUAACUAUGAAUACUCGAUCUGGUUAUCCUAUGCAGAAGUAUACAAUGAAAAGGUGUAUGAUCUUCUGGCUUCUGUAAACGAUGGAGUACAUGGAAACGCAGCCACCCUUACAGUAAAGCCAUCUCCACCCACCGACUCUUUGGACGAUGCAACUUGGGGAAGCUCAGGGAAAUAUAUCGCUGGCCUUCGACAAUUCCGUACCACCAGUGCCUCGCAAGCAAAAUCUUUGGUCAAACUUGGUCAACUCCACAGGCGCGUCUUCGGCACUCUUGCUAAUAGCCAAAGUAGUAGAAGUCAUGGGCUGGUCACACUCAGGGUCGUGAGGGGACAUAGAGGAGAAAGGGAUGAUCCUACUUCUCUUCAAAUAUCUCGUCUGACUCUAGUGGAUCUUGCCGGUUCCGAGCGCACAAAACACACUCAGACUACAGGUGACAGACUGAAGGAGGCGGGUAAUAUCAACAAAUCUCUCAUGGUUCUUGGGCAAUGUAUGGAGGUCAUGAAAGCCAAUCAGAAACGUGUAGCUCAAAGUCUGACCAACGCCGGUCGCACUGACACAAGAGACGUUAAGAAGGGCCUAGCCGUUGUUCCUUUUAGACAUAGCAAGCUCACAGAAGUCUUAAUGGACUACUUUACGGGAGAUGGGAAAGUGGUCAUGAUCGUAAACGUAAAUCCUUAUGAUACCGGCUUUGAUGAAAACUCGCAUGUUAUGAAGUUUUCGGCGCUUACACGAGAAGUCUAUACCACUAUGAACAAUGCCCCAAUCCCUCGUAUACCAGCUAGUCCUACUAAGCGAUCUGCUGCGGUACCAGGUAAUUCUGAUAGAUCCUGGGCUUCUGGUUUACCGAAAGCAACGACACGAAAAGUAACGAUAUCGAGCAUUGGACCGGGUAGGAAGAUAAGCGAAGCCCAACUAGAGGUGCUUGAAGAGGACGAAGAGGCUGGUGAAGCGGAUUAUGACCCUAAUGAUGAUGACGAGCCCAUCAACCCAUUGGUAGAUGCCCUUUUCGACGAAGUCGAAGAACUACGCCUACGGUUAUAUGAGGCUGAGAUGCGCUGCGCAAUUAUCGAAGCAGAUACACGUGAAGAGGUCAUGAAGGAAAUGGACGAAAGGAUGCGCGCAAUGGAAAACAUGUAUACGAGACGGUUGAUGACUGAGGUCGAGCAAAACGAAAUGAAGAUGGACGCAAAAAUUGAUAUGUUGCAACGGUCUGGUCUACUGACAGGGGCGAGACCCUUUACUAUGUCUAAUAGUAGACUGUCGGAUCCUGAUGAGAGUGAGGAAGAUGAAGGUGGAGAAUUAAUUGAUAUUGAUAUCAGUGACGAUGAACGUGCUGAUGCUGAUGAUCCACCGUCACCUCUGGAAGGAAAAAAGUCCUCGAAGCACUAAUACUGCUUCGUACAGGUCUGGGGGCGUCCCUUGCGCCAUCCUACUUUUUUUCCGGGGUUCGACAUGCAAUGUUGCUUUGAGAGAGAAAUUUGAGGGUGGAUAGAAUCCGAGGAGCCAAAAGCCCAUAUCAUAAUCAAUGAUGCGAGUCAUUGCUGGCUUGCGAGAAAAUAGUGAAUUAAGGAAAUGUAUACAUGUAACAUGUAUUAGUAGUCUGUAACUCCACUUUAGUCUUGACAAGUG